AUGGUAUGUCACCGUCUGGUCUCAGGUCUCCUAGAGUCGCUUGCCCCGCUUCCUCGCUCGCCUGCGCCGUCGUGCACUCCCUGCGUCAAGGGUCGGCAGCGUGUUGCCCCUCACUCCUCCUCGUUCCCCCCCCACCACGGCUCCCUUACAGACCCUGCACUUGGACAUCUGGGGCCUCUCCCCGGCUGGGUGUUCUACGACCCAGUCACCCACCAGUUCUUUGCCUCUCACGACGUCACUUUCGACGAGUCGCGUCUAGUCUUUGUCGUGUUUGGGGGUGCUGGAGGUGCAGUUGCGGAGGGUGAGGGUACUGGGGCUGCUGGAGCCCAUCGUGCCAGCUCUGGGGGUGCAGGGGGUGUGAGAGUGGAGACCACUUCUGAGGAGGACACGGCUGUCUCGACUCAGCGGCCUCGCCCCGCCGCACCCCCUGGCUUUCCGUCUGUUCCGCAGUUCCCUCCUAAAUCGCCUCCGCGGCCGGUCGCUGCGGAGCCUGGGGGUGUUCCUGCCGGAGGCACUGGAGUCCCUGGGGGUGUUGUCAGUGGAGGUUCUGGUUCUGGGGGUGCUGGAGCCGGAGACACGAGCACUGCAACGCCUACGCCGCGCACUGUACGUUUCCUGACCCGAGUGCAGCGUUUAGACAGGUUGGAGAGGGAGGAGCGGGAGCGGUUUGAGAGGGCACGGCAGCAGCAGCAGCAGCAGUCUCAGUCAGAGCAUCAGGAGAGAGUAGAGGAGGAGUCGCAGGAGCAGCAGCAGUCUAAGUUGGAGCGUCAGGAGAGAGUAAAGGAGGAGUCACGGCAGCAGCAGCAGCACCAGCAGCAGCAGCAGUAG